CACCUCCCUAUGUCUUAAAAAAUGACACACAUCUGUUAAAUAGUGGACCAUGUGAUAUGUUUGGCCUCAUUAGAAUGUAGCUUCAUGUAAUUAGCCAGUGAGCUAAGCCAUUUUUCAAGUCUUGGUCUUCACUUCAACAUGAAAAAUCAACAACUAUUUUUGCUUUCUUCGAGCUUUUGUCGACUAAACUCAUUCUCAUGGUAAUUGAUGCAAUUUUGUCGCCGUUCGACCCCUCAUAAGCACGACUCCACCAGCACCUGAGCCGAUCAGUUCUGUCCGCAAGCCUUGACCCAUCCCCUCUCCCAGCAAAUGGCUUCUUCUGCGGCGAGAGAAGAAGUAGCAUAACUGGAAAAAAAAAAUUGAAUAGUAAAACAGAAAAAAAAAUUCGUGUAAUAGUAAAAUUGUAAAAUUUUCCAACUUUUAGCUAUAUAUGUACAUUUUCCUUUAUUUUUUCAUGCCUAAUAGUCAAUUACUUUAGCAUAUUCCCUUAUUAUUAAUAUUAAUUAUUAUUUACUGCCUUUACCAAAAUUUGCAGCCUAAACUAAACCCAGAAAAGGCAAACAAAACCCUCAAUCUCAGCAACAUUACUCAAAACUCGAGCCUUUUGCAAAAGCUUUACCCGAGUUUUUUUUUUACCUCCCAUGGCGGCUCACCACCACCACCUCCACCCUCCUCCCCCUCCUCCUACAUGUUGCGGUUGCUCUUCUGGCUAUGACUGCAGCUCUAACUGCGACUGUAACAACACCCACUUCAACCAACCCCACCAUGGUUAUCCUCCAUCGCCAUCUUCCAUAGAUCCGCAUCCCCUUCUUCAAGUUAUUGCCUCGCAAGUUCUACAGUCUACUGCUCAACAGCCACAACUCUACUCUCACUACUCAAAGUCACGUACCCACAACCGAAAACUCCAUGACCAGUCUCGACACUCAAAGCAGCGAUUGCAUCAACAAGAGGCAGAGGAGACCAAUCUCCUGAUCUCUUCUCUUCUUUCUCGUAUUGAAGUCCUCGAAACCUCUCUUCACCGUUUCUCUUCAGAUCGUUCUCAUUACUCUCUUCGAGAUGUGGCCGCUCGCGUGAUCCAACUCCAGUUCAGAGCCUUUCUUGUUCGCAGAUCACGAGCACUUAGGGAGCUCAAAGACCUUGCUGUCGUUAAGUCCGCCUUCACAUCUCUCAAGUCAUCAAUUUCUAACGAGACCCACUUCGAUUUUCACAGUGUCUCUCGUAAAGCCAUGGAUUUGCUUGUCAAGCUCGACUCUAUUCAGGGUGAUGAUUCCAUGGUUAGAGAUGGGAAAAGGUCUAUGAGUAGAGAUUUGGUUCAGUUUAUGGAUUUCAUUGAUGGCGUUGCUUUGAAAAGGCGUGAGCUUUCCAUUAGAGCCAGGAAGAAUGUGAGGCUUAGUCGAAAUAAUGAUCCAUCCAAGGUUAAUUUGAGCAAAAAUGGCUUUAAUUUGGAUGGAGAUCAAAGGGAAGUGAUUAGAAAAUUGAGAGAGAGGGUUGAAAAGAUUCGUGGGUAUACAAUGGUUCCUCAGGAUGAUGAUGAAUUUGUCGAGUUUGAAGGAUUUCAACAUGUCAGUGAUGAGGAUAAUGAGGCUGAGAACCCUAUAGUUGUUAUCAGUGGAAAGAAGGCUCCCAUUAGAAAUGGGGUUUUGGCAAACAGAUCAGGGGAUCAACCGAAAGUGAAAAAGAGUGUGAGCUUUGCAGAGAAUGGUAAUUUGUUCAAAGUUUUCAGCAAUUCCAACGAGGCAAGUUCAAAUGAGGGAGAUAGUACUUCAACUAAUUCUAGUGAUGGUCAUGAAGAGGAUGGGGAGAACAAUGGGGCUGAUGUUGAAGAACUAAAGGGCUUUUCUCUAGGGACUGAGGAUGAUGAGGAGGAGGAAGGAGAUGUUGUCGGUAUAGGAUCUUCACAGACCAGUAAUGGGGAAAGGAAUCCUAAAACCAGAAGCGUUACAAAAGGAGAAGUUAACUAUAAAAUUAAAGGGCAUAAUGAAGAGUUUGUAUUCUCAGCUCCUUUGCCAGUUCAGAUGGAUGACAAAGCUGAUUUGAUGAAGAGGAGAACACUGGUGAAAAUUUUGAGGAGUUGAAUGCAUUUUUAUCAUUCAUUGGUACUUUCAUUAUGAUGGCCCCAUGAACAUGCACUUUCCCACCUACCUUAAGUCAGUCUUCAUUUUGCUGCCGAAGAAGGUUCCAUCAGCAACAGUGUAUCUAAAUACACAACUUCUUUAGACAGAUGGAUUAUUUGUGGUUCAAGAGAUUUGUCUGCACAAUACGCAAUAUUGUCUUAAAAUUGUUAAUCUAGUCAGCAUUUAACUGGUCCAAAGUCAAACCUUUCCCACUUUGGCUCAUAGACUGUUUAGUAUUAGGUAUUUUAUUAUUCCGAACAAUGAUAAGUUUGCAGAUUCAACCUUC